AUGGCAACCUCAGCAGAUCACGAAAAUGCAGACACCAGUGGCCAAGCUGGGGAAGAGGUCGCCCCCCAAAUGUCAGUCAGUGGAGGACUUUGGAAUGGGAUCAUCGGCAAACCAUUCCAUGAGUCUCUCACUUUGUCUGCUCUAAUCAGCAGCAAAUCUGGGACCCCACAGGGCACAACUCUUGAGAGCGCCACCAACGACGACUGGGAGCACAUUCGCGGAGCAGUGUGGAAUGACGAUCCUGAUUGUCAACUCUUUUCAGACACUCACGACUCAAAUCAUUCAUACACACUCGGCUUUGACUGGGCACUGAAGUUCAAGUCAGCGGAAAAAGAGUGGAACCCAAACAACCUCGGCUUCACUAGGAUGAAAAAUGUUACCGGUCGCUCACACUAUGGUGACCUUCAGUUUCUUCACUGUAUGGCAUCUGACAGAGAUGAGGAGCCUGAAGUCACAAAAGCAAAUAUCAUGACCUGGAUGGAAGUUAUGUAUAAGCUGGCAACUGGUGAAGAUGACGAGAUUACCCCCAGCACUGUGGUGUCACAGUCACCUCUUGGCGUUUUGUUUCCUGACGAUUCUCUCCCGCCAAACUGGCUGUCUCUUGCCUAUCUAUUGUCCAAGGACUCCAAGUUCAAGGGCCUUGACAUCGGGCGACGCGCACUCGGCAGUAUGUUCCAUGUUAUCCAAGAUUCGUAUGCUAUUGGCCAUGCAAAGCGUGAACUACUGAACGAGAAAGACAAGGUAUCAGACGAUCCCCUCAAAUUUAAAGACGGCACUAUAGAUCGUUGGGGGCCCAUUCAGAUCUUCCACACUUAUUAUGGCCAAGACAGUGCUUCACACAAGCAUUACGACCACUUUUUCGAUCGUAUUCCGGAUCCGGAGCAUUUAGAUAAUCUAGAACAGUGGAAUAACUUAAUUGGUUGUCGUGACGCCGUUGAUAGGUGUAAGGUUCUAGUAGAAAAGAAGCUGGAGGGCAAGAAAUGGGAGGGCGAUGAUGGAGUUAGACAGUUUCUCGAUACAGAAGUGUUCGCGCUGUCUGGUCAGGAAAGUCUACCUGUACCAUGCAUUCACUCACUAUGGGGAUUGCUUCCGUUUACUGUUCGUCGCAAUAACCAUCGACUUGCUUUGGUUAAGAUUCUCCCCCUCUUCUUUGGCUUAGGGCUAUUGCCUCUAGUCCUGCAAAUCCCAGGCUGCCACCUACGUUCUAGACCUAACCCUGGUAUUCAGCUGUUGUUUCGAUCACAAUGCGUACUCAGCCCUCUGAGCUGGCAUUGGCAACCACACAUUUUGCCGUUGGCCAAUUCCCACCGUAUUAGCGCCUACAAGGGAGAGUGCGACCCGCAAAGCCACCUAAUGCUGGUUGCUCAGCUUCGGCAAGGUCUCUUCCUCUCCAUUCCCUUCACUUACAACUGCCGUCUUCCAUCACAGGGUUACUUCACUCCGCUUCGACAUCCUCUUUCCACUUGCCUCAGGAACGAUUUUCCAUUCCAUACGAAGAUGGCUACUAUUCAAAUCAACGGCAACACGGCCAAUCUCGCAAAUUUGCCUGAUAGCGUGCCAAAGGAUGCAGAGAGCACCAAUUUUAUCCUUAUCCAGGGUCACAGUGACUUGACCCCUGGUCAAAAGCAGAAACUGGAGGACAGUAAAGUCAAAAUCCUGGAAUAUGUCUCGCGCAACACCUACCUAUGUCGAUAUGAGCCCAAAGACCUCAGUGCCAUUCGGGCUAUGGCCGCUGUCAAGAGUGUGAUUCCAUAUCUGCCCGACCUCAAAACCACCGUGACUCUCAAGGAACUUAUAGAGAGGGACAACAAAAAGACUCGCUAUGAGGUAGACUGUAUCCUUCAUAAGAGCCCCAACGUCAACGCCAACAACCUGGCAACAUCAAUCGCACAGAAAGCCAGAGUAGAUUUACAAGAUCUUCAAAUCUCACCUUCAAUUAUCAGAGUCACCGUGCACCAAGAUGACCUCUCAGAGAUUGCGAAACUUGAUAGUAUUAGCAGAAUUGAAGAGGUGCGGCCAGUGGGGGUGCUCAACAACGAGGCGCGCGCAAUCCUCAAUGUCGAUCUCUUGACCUUGUCAAGCUCCUACGAAGGGGCUAACCAACGUAUUUGCGUUGCAGACACUGGCUUCGACCUGGGAAGGUCAAAUAGCGAGCCUGGCGUUGAAGUUCACCCAGCACUUUGUGGACGUGUUCAGCACCUAGACUCCGUCUGGCCCAACGACCCCAAAGACCGGAACUUCACAUUUGAGAAGUUCAUGGACGAAGAAGGUCAUGGCACUCAUGUGUGUGCAUCCAUCUGCGGAAGCGGUAUUUACACAAUCAAGGAGCCCGAGAACGGCACGGUUACAAUCAAAGUCAGAGGAACGGCGCCUGCCGCCACUCUUAUAGUCCAGUCCUUGAUGUUAUAUAAGCCCGCAGGGAGGUACUGGAAGAUGGAGACGCCAUUGGAUCUGGCCGCGCAGCUUUUCAAAAAGCCAUAUGACCUAGGAUUCCGGAUCCAUAAUAAUUCGUAG